AAGCGCAAAAUAUAAAAAAGGUAGGGGCGCAUGGUCAAGUCGAGAAACAAGAGGGGCCAGUGAAGCAAAUAUCACAAAAAUUAUCGAUUUCCACCGCCUCUACACUACAGCCCUCGUCAUUAUUUUCAUUUUAAGCACGGUGACGUUUGUAAUCGGAAAAUGACGAUAGCCGACGAUAACUCCGUCUACGUCGGCGGACUCCCCUACGGCGCCAACGAAGACUCUAUUCGCAAAGCCUUCGAUCUCUAUGGUCGUGUCCGCGCUGUCAAAAUUGUGAAUGAGCGUGGUGUUGGGGGGAAAUGUUAUGGAUUUGUUACUUUUACAAAUCCCCGCUCUGCUGAAGAUGCCAUCAAGGACAUGAAUGGAAGGACAAUAGAUGGCCGGGUAGUAAAAGUGAGUGAAGUGAAGACCAGAAAUGGGAGGCCAAAUCUUGGCCGUGAUAGUUUUAGGCGUAAUCCUGAAAGUGGGGCAGAUUGGGACAGGGGAAGAGAUCGAGAUAAAAAUCCUGACAGAGAUCGGUUUCAUGAUCGACCCAGAGAACGUUCUGUAGAUCGUAAUCAAGAUAAGGAUAAGGGAUAUAAUCGUAAUGAGCGUAGCCUAGAUAGGGAGAGGGGGUAUAAUCGUAGUGACCAUAGCCAAGAUAGGGAAAGGGGCUAUAUCCGUACACGUGACAUUGAUCGGACAAGGGACCAAUUAUUGAAAAGAGAUAAGGAUCGUGAACAUGGAAAUGUAGACAUUGAACAAGAACAUACAAGGAACCUUUUACUUGAACGGGAUAGAAUUUCGAAGUCAGAUUGGCAUCAAGAUAGAGGAGUGGAGCAACCCAAAAAUCACAACGGAAGUGGAGAGAACGACAAGGAUCAGAUGUUUAAUUAUUCGAAUGGGAGCUUGGAUGCUAGUGACCAACGUAGGAGAGAGCUCUCUUCUGAGUUUAUAGGCCGCGAUAACAGUCAGUAUCAGGUCGAAGGAGAACUGGAGUUUUCAACUCAAAGGCUUGAAGAACUUAAAAAAGAGAUCUCUCACAUGGAAGACUCUUUAGAAGAAAAGGGGGAGUUUGUAGAGAAGUUAAAGGAGAAAUCACAGAGUUUAGAGGAUUCAUUAUUAAUGGCAAAGAAACUUACUUCACAUCACCAGACGCAACUGACCAAGCUGCAUAAAUGCUAUCAGCAUUUGAAAGAAUGUAGCGACAGGGUGAAAAGCUAUGAAGAGGAGCUCCAGGCUCUUGUUGAUUCAACAUCAAUAGAGACAGUGCAUGGUGAGGAUGCAGUUGUUCGAAACAAGUCUUUGCCAAAUGGCAAUCUUUGAGGUCUGCAUCGGGUUUUAGCAUGCUCGUGUUUGCUAGGUGUAUGCUUAUAACUACUCGCUUUCAUCCCUUUAAUCAUGGGUAUGAAGUUGUUCUGUCUUAACUAAUUUAUGAUUAUAGGGACGGAUAUCUUUUUUUUUUUUUUUUAUGUAUAUUCAGCUGUCUUAACAGGGGAUUUACAUACAGUUAGGACUUCUAAACUUAAUGAUGAUGUUUGUACAUGAAGGUUGUAUUAAGUUGAGAUUUGGUAAA